UUUGUGGGCAGCGUCCCUACUACACAAUGUCCCAGCCCCUCCUGGAAAGUCACACAGGAGCUGACGGGGAAAGACCCAGGUGUCACCCCGGGGACAUGGCAGGCAAGCCGCUAGCACUGUCCCAGUUCAACCAGGCGGUAGCAUCAGAGAACCCAGAGGCCACACGCCUGAGGGCGGGCUCGCUGUCCACCCACCGCAGAUCUCACUCGGUGGACAACCCGCCCAGGCCCCUGAUGCGGCUGAAGAGCAUAGAGGAGGGGAAGCCGCCCUCCCUGCACUCCCGGAGGAGCUCCGUCAUGAGCAUCACCAAUGCCCCCUUCACCAGCCGAAGAAACUCUGUCUCCAUGGCAAUGGGAGGGAGGCGCCUCUCCAUCGGCCCCUGGAUGCACAGCGGGCGGGUGAGCUUCUCGGGGCUCCCCCUCUUCCAGCCCAUCCGGGAGACGCAGUAUGAGAACACCUACAAGACCCGGCCAGACGAAGGCUGCAAAUUCAACGCCUGCCGGGCCCAGCAGGCACUGGAAUCCACCCUCACCCGUUACCUGGGGGAUGCCAAGUACAACCCGUUGACAAGUGGGCAGCUGGCCCAGAGCCUGUCUGAGCUCAUCCGCAGCCGCCUGAAGGACCUCACCCCACCCCGCUACAAGCUGGUCUGUAAUGUCUUCCUGGGCCAGCAGGGCCAGCAGAGCCUGCAGGUGGCCAGCCGCUGCCUCUGGGACCCAGAGAACGACAGCGUCGCCUCCGCCACCUUCGUCAAUGCCUCCCUCUUUGCCGUGGCCACGGUGCACGGGCUGUACUUCGAGUAGCACCUGGGCCAGCACCUGCCAGGAGUGGAGUUCUCCACUCCACCACCGGCACGGCAGGAGAGGCCCAGCCAGAAAUAAAGAGA